AUGCCCGCGUCAACGCUCUCGACGCCCACCUCCUAUACCUCGCGCUAUACACGCGCGCUCAGUCCUCCGCUUUCCUCUGCCGGCAGUACAGUCGGACCACAGAUGCAGAGCUUGAAGAUCGUCACGCGUCUGGCCAUCGAAGGACACGCGAAGGAAGGAGAGGGCGUGCCAAUAAAGAUGUAUCUGAAGCUUGCUUUGCCCGUGGACAAUGUUAUACCUGGCAGCGCCAUCCCGCUAUUCAAAGAGGGAGAUGUGAAAAUCCUAGACUCGGAGAUACAUCCACUCGAUCAUAACUCGACGCCAUACAACUUCUCUUCAUCCGUCUCGCCCCUUCUCCACAACGCAGCGCGCGCUCUGAACCUGCCUGCUCGACUGUCACAGACAUACAACUCCGUCUUCGAGAGCAAACCGAAUGGCUCUUCGCGCUACCAAUAUGGCUCGAGCAGUGGUUCUGAACCGGACCGGCUGGACAAGAAAUACACUGGCGAGAUCAUCGUUAGCGGCUUUAACGUCUCCUUCGCUGUUCCCAGGGAAUUGCCUCGUUCGAAGACGGUGAAUGGAGAUGAGUCGACACCAACGGCGAAGGAGAGGUCAAGGAGAAGGAGCUCGUUUGGUGCGGAGAAGAAUGUGGUUCAGUUCAUGGCUGGCAUCAGCAUGGUUGUUCCAUACACCUCAAAACCUCCACGGGCGCCAUGGCUUGUCUGCAUUCCUACCCCGCGCUGUCUGUCGAACACACUCAAAUUGCGCAUCUUCUCGCCUCCGUCGUCGAACAACAACAACGUCUCGAACUCGUACCAAUCCCUUUCUUCAGCAGAGACAGACGACGCACCGUCCUGGGAUAUGAUGGUGGAUCCACACGUCACACGCACGUCCAGCGCUCGCCGCCCCGCUUACUCGUAUCAGCAUUUUGCGGAUGACGAGGACAGUGACAGCAACGCCUCCCCAGGAUUCUCGGAUGGUGUCGGGAUACAAGGCUCAUUCCCGAGUACAGAGGUCGUGCACGUCCGAUGGGCCGUUCCAAGACGAAAUAUUGACGAGGGUGUCAUAGACGGAAGGAGGCGCGUUGGCGUAGAGAGUGUGUCUGGCGAGAUGAACUGUACGGUUUUGGGUCGCCAACGAGAACUGGGCCCAAACGGCCGCGAGGGUGUGGUCAUGAAGCUCGAGUACAAGGCCACGUGCAACGGCGUGUUCUAUCCUGGCGUCGCGGCGCUACUCGGGUUAGACGUCGGUCUGGAGGCGAAGAACUGCGAAGUUAACUGGGUUGAGGACGAGGUUCCGGAAUGGAAGGUCGUCGGAGGAUCUGGAUACACUGGUCACAGCGUCGCCGGAGCAGGAGACCCGUCAGGACCUGGUCGGCAGCCUUCGUUCGACAUGCCUCACCUAACACUCUCCAAUGACAACACUCCCAUCGCUGGGCCCUCCCGCGGGCUUCUAUCUCGCUACAACUCAACGUCAUCGACCUCAUCUACGUCCUCGCUCCUGAGAACGACGCUUCCGGCCGACAACGUACAGGACUACUCAUUCGAAAACGCGCCAUCGACUCCAGGCGGUUCGGAUACCGGGCUGUCCUCCGUUCUCGACACGACAGACGGCGAAUCUCGCGGGCGUAGCAGAGCCUCCUCACUUGGCCGAGAGCCGCAGACAUCGCCCAACAUGCCUAUCACGAUUCACGUCAAUAUGAACGAGCUCCUGACCUCGCCGCUCACGUUCAACAUAUCCGGCCACGUUCUCGUUCUGCCUCGUGCGCCGCCAUCUUACAACGCGGAUCAGGAGAUGGAACUGGAAGUGAACAUCCCGCGCUUCAGCGUGCUGGCGGCAGAGAAGGAGAAGAUAUCCGCAUCUGUACGGAACGGCGUUCAAGAACGUGGUAUCGACCUCCUCGUAUGCCCCAGCACAAACAAACACGCAAAGAGCGUCCCACUCGCCCGCGAAUCUCGCACGCAUCUAUCCGCGGAAGGAGGACGCGCAACACUCCGCAUUCCGCCCGAAUCCCGCGUGGCAUCGCCCUUCGCUCGUCGGGAUGGUUCCGAGAGCACGAAUCUGAGCGUCAGCCGAGGGCACUCGCCAUUGCCCGGGAGUAAGUCCCCCGCACGCCUGCGUAUACCCUCAGGCGGAGAUCGAACCAUGCACGACACGAGCCUGAGCCUCUUCGCAUCUGUUGCGCGCCCGCGACGGGGAGAUGCCCCGCUCAUGCUGCCAUACGUGAACGUGAGCGUGGUGCCGCACGCAUCAGGCUCGUACGCUGUGACGGCGCGUUUCCCGGCGCCUGCCGAGCCUGAAUCAGAUUGGCUGGCGUUCUAUCUGCUCGCGCCUGCGGGUACGCAGAGUUUGCCCCGAGUGUCUCUUGUAAGCACGAGCCUCGAGGGGGUACCCGUGCUCGCGGAGAUCAAGGCUGCGCCACGUCCCAAUGGAGCGCAGGUUAAGGAUGUCGCGUUUGAGCAGUUGAGCAACGCGGAUUGGGCAGCGCUUGUCCGCAUCCAUGUCGGGGCGCUCGGAGGUGGUGCUGUGGAGGUGGUGUACAUCGUCGAAGACGAUCCGAAAGCCAAGGGGAAGGAGAAGGGCAAGGCGAAAGCAAAGGCGCUCGAUAUCCUACUUCCUGGCUUUGAAAUCCCCGUUGGGCAACUACAAGUUGACGUUCCGGAGUCGAUCGAAACGCUUCACACCAAUCUCGACCACGAACAAGCUGCGACAGGUGUACGACGCCUUCUACACUAUGGCCUCCAGGAACAUUUCUUGCCAACGUUACGCGUCGAUGGCGCGAGCGCAGGCGCACCGCCGCGUCGACCGCGGUCAGCGCUCUGGUCUACAAUCGGCCUAUUGCUACGUGCCACUUGGUGGAUGUCAGCAAUUGUCCCAGUUCUGUUGAUGGCCAUCCAACAAAACGAUCUGCUACGUACGCGGGCUGCGCUCGAGAGUUGUUCAUACGGCCAGGGAAGGUCAGGUUCGUACUACGGUGCCACUUCACCGUCGGAUCCCGCUGUCGUGACUGUCACUGCGACAGUACUCUCACCACCCUGGGCGUCCUCAUUAUCAUCAUCAGUCGCAUCAGCAGCGUCGUCGACAUUGGCGCAGGAUGCGGAAGAGGUCAUCGGCGCGCCGACACCAACACCUACUGCGACUGUAACCAUGAUCGACGUGUCGUCGUCCACGCCCGCUGCGCGUUCAAACCCGAGAUCGGCGCACAACGAGAAAUCCGCGCUGUUGCCACCGCAGUACAUGUACGAUGCGUGGCCACUUUGGCUCGAGUUCGAUUAUCGGCUUGCGAUGGAGAAGGUCGUGGAGGGUCUGGGUGUCGUCUGGCAGAUCCUCCGCAGGGCAUAUCACUAUCCCAUGGAUCCGCCUUGA